UAUAAACUCUUUCCUCUUACACAUUUUAAAUUUACCAUGAACACCUGGUCGGCAUAAAGCAGUAGUCAGAGCUGUGGGUCCAUAUGGCUGUGUAUGAUGAGAAUAUUUUGAAGAAUCCUUUUUACCUGGCACUGCAGAAGCAAAGACCAGACCUGUGUAACAGAGUGGCAGAAGUGCAUGGCAUUGUCUUGGUUCCAUGUUGUGAAAGGUUAUCAGUUGGUUCCUACACAGCUGCACAGUUUGAAAGCUAUGUCCUCCUGCCUACAGAUCAAGGCUUUCAGACAGUUGAUGGCAAGGUGGUGUCGAUAGAGAAUAACCAAGUGUAUUUGGGGGCAGGUUUUUUAAGCCCUGCGUCUAUACCCAUUCUGUUCGAGGAGACUUUUUACAAUGAGAAAGAACAGGCCUACAGUAUCCUGUGCAUAACACGGCCUAUUGAAUCUGAAGCAAACCCAGCUGAACUGAAUCCUGUUCAUGGCUCCUAUUACCUCAAUAAUGUGGAGGAGGUGAAGGAAUUUCUGGGGCGUCAUGCAGAAAAGCUGGAUAAGUUCAUUUCUUCGUUUUGCCAUGACUUUAAAGAGGAGGAGAGGAAAGGUCUCCGCAACCACAUAGAUGCCGUCCAUACACUGUAUACAAAAUGUCUUCAGUGCUUGCUGAGAGAUUCUCGUCUGAAGUUGCUGACCAAACAGGAGCUUCAGAUGACGCUUCUCAAACAAGCAGUGGAGAUGUACAUACAUAGUGGAAUCCAUGAAUAUCUCUUUAGCUACGUUGGAACUCUAGAAGCAAGUCAGGAUGCUGAUUUCAAUAAAACAACAAGGCGGCUACAGGAUUUGCAGCAAAAAGAUCUUGGUGUAAAGCCUGAGUUCAGUAUAAAUAUUCCUCGGGCUAAGAGGGAGUUAAGCCAGCUUAACCACUGCACCUCACCUCAAGAAAAGCUGCUUUGCCUCAGGAAGGUUGUCUUCACAAUAAUGCAGUCACCCAGCCGUAAAGUUAACUUGGAGGCAGUUUGUGCAGAUGAUCUUCUCUCAGUUAUUCUUUAUCUUCUGCUGAAAACCGAAAUCCCUAACUGGUUGGCCAAUCUUGCUUACAUAAAAAACUUUCAUUUCUGCAACUCUACUAAGGAUGACCUAAGUUACUGCUUGACCUCAUUUGAGGCUGCUGUGGAGUACAUCAGCCAAGGAAACCUUAAAGAAGGAUCUACAGCAGGGUCAGGAGAGCUGGAUGACAAACUGAUUCUCAGGCAGAAGAUGAACCUUCUUUCUCAGACUGCAUCUACACCCAUAGACUGUUUAUUUGAGCACAUUGCCAGUGGGAAUGAGGCAGAGGUCAAGCGCUUGCUGAGUGAAGGCGAGAGUGAGGAGGAAGAAAGAAGGAAAAUGUGCCACCCUCUCUGCUCGUGUGAUGCAUGUGAUCUUCAUAUGUCUGGCAGACUAAAUGACCCCUCCAUAGUCACUCCUUCUUCUCGGGAUGAUCGAGGCUACACUCCUCUUCAUGUUGCUGCUUUAUGGGGUCAGUCUCAGUUGAUUGACUUGUUAGUGUCAAAGGGAGCUGCAGUAAAUGCUACAGACUACCACGGGUUUACAGCCCUGCACCUCUCCUGCCAGAAAGGCUUCCAGGGUGUCACACUGCUGCUGUUGCACUAUAAGGCAAACGCACAUGCUCAGGACAACAAUGGGAAUACUCCUCUGCAUCUCUCCUGCAUGUACGGCCAUGAGGAUUGUGUUAAGGCUUUGGUAUAUUAUGACUUGCACAAGUGCCGAUUGAAUAUACAGAAUGAUAAGGGGGACACAGCACUGCACAUUGCGGCCCGCUGGGGCUAUGAGGGCAUCAUGGAAGUGCUGCUAGAGAAUGGCGCCUCAACUCUUCUCCAUAACAAGGCCAAUCAGACCCCACUUCAGUGUGCACUCAACUCCAGGGUUUUGUCCUUGUUGGAGUGUGCAUACAACAGUGCUAGUAAAAAGGAGAGUGGCUUUGAGACUCCCAGUCAUUCUCCACAGCUGUCUUGUAGUAGCAGUAGGUGCUCCUCUGUAUCAAGUGCAUCAUCUGUUCCUUCUGUAGAAGCCUCUUCUGAAAUUGACCGUACUCACCAAAAGGAGGUUGAGAAGCUGCUGCGGGCAGUGGCUGAUGGAGAUGUGGAAAUGGUACGCUACUUGCUGGAGUGGUUAGAUGAGGAACUGGAGGAAGAUCAGAAAGCUGAGAUACCUGACAAGACAGAAUUGUGCCACCCUCUGUGCCAGUGUCCAAACUGUGAACCCACACAAAAGAAGUUAACAGUCCUACAGCUAGAUGGGCUUGGAGUAAAUAGCAGCAAUGCAGAUGGCUUCACACUGCUGCAUGUAGCAGCACUGCAUGGACACAUAGCACUGGUCUCUCUGUUUAUCCACAAUGGAGCUAAUAUAAAUGCCCGCAAUGGCCUGAGCGCCACCCCACUUCAUCUAGCCUGCCAAAACAAUCACAUAGAGGUUGUGAGAUCUUUGGUGGAGUGCAAUGCCAAGCUGAACAAGAAAGAUCAGUUUGGAAACACCCCCUUGAUUCAAGCCUGUCUGAAGGGACAUAAGCAGACAGCUUUGGUUCUAAUACAGAGUGAUGCCUUAGUGAACAUGGCCAAUAAUCAGGGCAACACAGCUCUGCAUAAGGCAGUGAAAGGGGCACACCAAAAUCUAGUGGAGCUGCUGCUGCAGGCUGGGGCUAUUCCACACCUCAGGAACAAGAGACAGCGCACCGCACUGGAUUGUGCUCAGGCCAUGGGCAAGAACACAGCUAUUGUGAAGAUUUUACAGAAAGCCCGUGGCUACAAUCUUGAAGCGCCCUCUCCUGCUCAACGGGUAGAACAACGCAAGGGUUCAAAUGAGCAAAGGAACCAGAAAAUGAAUAAAUCAUUUUCAGAGGACAGAACUGACUCUUCAGACACGGUUUCAGCUGGCCACUCUAGUAGAAGGCGACUGUGGCGAGGAGAGACAUUUGACAGCUGUGGCUCCUUAAUCCAUUCACCAGAGGGUUCACGCUUUUCCAGACAAACACAGCUGAACCAGGCUAAAAGCUUGAGUCGUAGUCACACCAUUCAUCAGGACCUGACCCACAGCUUUCCCCGGGACCUGAAAGGUGCACAAUGCAGCUCUGCUGGAACCACAAUGGAAGAAGUUUGUGCUAAUGGUCCUCAUGAGCCUUCUGACCUCCCUUGUAAACUUUCACCUAAACCUGAGCAGGUUAACGGGGAGGCAGAGGAGAGCACACAGGAGGUGCAGGACUAGAGCAGGAACCCGCACUUUGUUACCAAAGAGGUGGAUAACCUUGCACACUUUGCAUCUUCUGAGGUUUCUCUUAACACACACCUGGUGUAAUAUAGAGAGCACUAAAAGUUCUGCGUUCUGUUAGACUCAGUAGCACUUUCGUGCACGUCAAACAAAGCAUUUGAUUAAUCAGUGAUGCUCAGCCUUCAGGUGAUUAAUUAAAGUGACUGAGAAGAUUGAAAACCUUCAGUAUAAACUGGACUUGGAUGUGUACUAGAGAUGCCACUUUUCACUUUUAAUCUAGCGCUGAUAUUAAAACUUUUAAUAUUGGCAGAUGCUUGCUACUGAUCCAAUACUGACACCCUCAUAGUAACCACAGUUCAAAAAAUGGUAACAUAAGCAUGUAAAAACAUUUAAGCACUUAAAUAUGGGCUGAUUUAUCAUUCUUAUUAUGGGAAUCUGGGUUAAAAAACCCAGGCUGAAGUUACUGUCUUGAGUUUGGUAUUUUCAUUUUGUGUUUGCUUGGAUUUAUUUCGCUACUUUGUUUUUUUCACAUCUUUAGAAAACAUAUAUGGGGCGCCCAGGUGGCGCAGCGGGAUAUUCCGCUUGCACACCAACACAGAGUUUCUGAACUCCUCGAUUCGAAACUGGGUGUUGCCACCGGUCGGCUGGGCGCCAUCUAGCAGGCAUAAUUGGCAGUCUACAGGGUGGGGGCCGGACUAUGUGUGGGUGUGUGGGUCUUCAUACGCUGUACAAGGACCCUGAUUGGCUGUGCAGUAUGCAAGAGCGAGAAGAGGAGGGCUGUGCACGUGUCGGAAGAGGCGUGUACAGCGAAGCGCUCUCCUCAGAUGCAAUCUGGUAUCUCUCAGCAGCAGAAGACAAAUUGAGUGUGCUAAAUGGGGAGAAAAUGCAUUUAAAAAAACAAAACACAAAAAACACAUAUAUGGGUAAGUGUGUGAUACUCUGCAAAGGAUUGACUGUUUAGGGUGAAUUCGUGCCUUGCACCUAGUAUUUACCAAGUGGCUCUGGAACCAUAGCAGUUGGAAAUAUUUAGCCUGUUUCCAGCUAUUUAAAUUUAUUUUGAAUAGUAAUUUAAGGUAGAAAUAUCCUUGUAUUAGUAGAUAAAUUUGCUC